AGUAUAGUCAAAAGAUUAUCCAUAAAAAGUAUAAUUCAAAAUCUCAUGAAAAGUGAAGAGACGAAGGCCAUUAAUCAAAUAGAAGAAGAGCUUAAACUUGCGAAAGAAAAGAUUUCCGAAGAUGAUUUAGAUUUAGAUAUUGUAGAAAUAGAUUUAUCACCCAUUAAAGCUAAAAAACAGGAGAAAGUUCUUGAAGCUAUUCUCAACAUUUUCCAAAUUGAAAGGAUUGAUGAUAAACUGUUCAUUAAAUUUAAUGGCGGAAUGAAAGAAGACAUACAUCUCGUAUUGAAUGAUUCACUUCAUCAACAACUUCCAGGUUGGUGGCAAAGAAUUGCACCUAUUAUUAAUUCAUCUCCACCUCCUUUAUUAUGGAUCGAGGUGGUAUUCAAUAAGACUAAUGAUCGUGAUAAUGCAUUAAAUAAGAUUUCAUAUGUUCAACCAUAUUGUCUAAACACCGAAUUUGUAUUGAUUUCUAUUCCUUUUGGAACGUCACCCUUUCAAACAAAUCCAAAUCCUGGCAUUGACUCAGUUGUAGCUACGGCACCAAGGGCAAAUCGUCCCUCAAGAGCGCCCUAUCUUGGUCAUUGGGCUGUAGAU